AGUUACACACUCCUUUCCUCUACUACCCACUAGUUAAUUUUUGUCCUAUAAAUAGGGGGAUAAUAUAACCAAUGGUGAAGUGAAUCAUAAAAUAUGACUACCAAUAUGAUAGUGGUUUGGACUAUGGUGCUAGUGAUAUUAUGUGGUUGGGAGAUAAAAGUAGGGCAUGGAGGGGUGAGUGAAGCAACAUGUAGAGAAGAAAGGAGGCUUGGUAAGAAAGCAUGUUUGCCUGUAUUGUUUGGAAGUAAUCCAUCAGCAGAAUGUUGUCAAAGGGCAAGAGUGACACAUUGGGAAUGUUUUUGUCCAAUUAUAACACCUAAAUUGGCUGCUAUUUUGAAUGUCAAGAGACUUGUUAGACUUAUUCAAGGUUGUGGAAGGACUGUUCCUCGUAACUUUAAGUGUGGAAGUGUUACUACUCCACCUUAAUGCUGGGAUGCAUCAUAAUUCUGGUAUAUUCAGCAAUAACUUUGAGAAAGAUGUUUGUGUUUUGCUUUAUUUUUUUAUUUUUCUUCGUGUUAUGAUGGACCAUUUGGAAUAAAGAUUGUACUCCAUUUCUUUUGUUAGUUGUAAUAACCUUGGUCCACUUCUUUAUGUAAAGAGUAAAGACUAUUGCCACUUUUAAUUGAGCAGAAUGUGCUUUUUGAUCUCUUUUAUCAAUGGAAGGAUAAAUUUCAUUCAUAUUCA